UGUGUUUCCGCUGCCGUCCGUGCCUCCGCCGCUGGAAGUAGUCCCCGUCCGCGUCAGCUCCGAAGGGAGCUGGGCUGGGGAGCCCAGACGCCCUCGGGGCGUGAGUCCCGAGCGGAGGGCACGCAGCCAAUCCCUGGAAAGAGGGCGUGGCUAGCUCGGCCCCGUGGAUCCCUCCGCCCGUGCUCACUGCGCUGAGAACUUGUUAACCGCCAUUUUGGAUGCUGAGCUUUCUUCCUCGAGUCUGUGUCUUCUGUUUUCAGGUGCGGAUUCAGUCAGACCCCUGCCUGUCUGAUGAGCAAUCUUGUUGAGGAGCCUGUAGCUCUGUCCUUGCCCCCCUUCCUCUUUCUGUUCUCAUCGCUCCUCUUCCGCGGUGCUGGAGGUGAGACGACUUCAAACUCGACCUGCAUAAAGUUUUACCGGGAUCGGGACCGAAGAGCGUCCGUUUUAAUGAUUAGAUUGGAUACGUAGUAUUGACCUAUCUUGAAGCGCAUUGGCUUUUUCUGCUGUCAUUUCCUUUCUGCUAUCCAGCUCACACAGAGGAACAGCACAGCAUGCUGGGCUCUGGAUUUAAAGCUGAGCGUUUACGAGUUAAUUUGAGAUUAGUCAUAAACCGUCUUAAACUAUUGGAGAAAAAAAAAACGGAACUGGCCCAGAAAGCAAGGAAAGAGAUUGCUGACUAUCUGGCUGCUGGGAAAGAUGAACGAGCUCGAAUCCGAGUGGAGCACAUUAUUCGAGAAGACUACCUUGUGGAGGCCAUGGAGAUCCUGGAGCUGUACUGUGAUCUGCUGCUGGCUCGGUUUGGCCUCAUCCAGUCUAUGAAGGAGUUAGAUUCUGGUCUGGCUGAAUCUGUGUCUACACUGAUUUGGGCUGCUCCUCGACUCCAGUCAGAAGUUGCUGAGUUGAAAAUUGUUGCUGAUCAACUCUGUGCCAAGUAUAGCAAGGAAUAUGGCAAGUUAUGUAGGACCAACCAGAUUGGAACUGUGAAUGACCGGCUAAUGCACAAACUGAGUGUGGAGGCCCCACCCAAAAUCCUGGUGGAGAGAUACCUGAUUGAAAUUGCCAAGAACUACAAUGUGCCCUAUGAGCCUGACUCUGUGGUUAUGGCAGAAGCUCCUCCUGGAGUAGAUACAGAUCUUAUUGAUGUUGGAUUCACAGAUGAUGUGAAGAAAGGGGGCCCUGGAAGAGGAGGUGGGGGCGGAUUCACAGCACCAGCUGGUGGACCUGAUGGAACAGUGCCAAUGCCCAUGCCCAUGCCAUCUCCAAACACUCCUUUCUCAUACCCUCUUCCAAAGGGACCAUCGGAUUUCAAUGGAUUGCCAAUGGGAACUUAUCAGGCCUUUCCCAAUAUUCAUCCACCUCAGAUACCAGCAACUCCCCCAUCGUAUGAAUCUGUUGAUGACAUUAAUGCUGAUAAGAAUGUCUCUUCUGCACAGAUCGUUGGCCCUGGACCCAAGCCAGAAGCUUCUGCAAAGCCCCCUUCCAGACCCAUGGAUACCUAUGACAACUUUGUACUGCCAGAAUUGCCAUCUGUGCCAGACACACUACCAACUGCAUCUGCUGGUGCCAACACCUCAGCCUCUGAAGACAUUGACUUUGAUGACCUUUCCCGGAGAUUUGAAGAGCUGAAAAAGAAAACAUAGGCUUCAUAAACCAGGCAAGGUCCAAGUUCUGGGAAUUGAGACUGAGCAGUUUCUCCUUGUAACAAAGAAUCUCCAUGAAAUUUUGCUUCAUCUGUUAACCAUCACUGAGUACACUCUUCCUCUGGGCUCUCUUCCUGCUCUUACACACUCUGCUGCUUUCCAGUUCUCCACUGCUCCUGAGAGACUAACAGCUGGAGAUUGUGAGGUUGGAGCAGCUGGCUCCCAGCAGCCUUGCUUGUCCUUUUCCUGUCAGUGUGAUCCCAUUUCUCUCCUUCCUGUCCCACCAUCCCUGCACAGGGGAGUGAGAAGGGGAGAGUUGUCAGAGAUGGCCGGGUGGUGGAGGAGAGUACUUCCUGAAGUGUCUCAGCUCUGUGCUGAGGUUCUAGACUUAGAAACAAACCCCUCCGUACAGAGGGAUUGGUGGUGAGUGAGAUUCAAGGCCAAGUUGUGUAUUUUCUUGCUCUUAAUGGGAGAGAGAGAAAAUGGCUCAGGAAGCCAUUGUAACAAUUCUUAGAAGCUGGGUCUUCUCAUUGACAUUAUACACUACUCCUUGCUGCAGGGCACUGUUCCACCUGGAUCCAGUUGCAAACUUUGGAAAGUUGAAGGCCUCUCUUAGUUCUACUGGAUUCUCAGGGAGCCCUCUGUGGCCUUUUGCUUUAUUUUGAGUGCUGUGUUUCCCUUUUAAUAGAGGGCAGCACUGUAUAUAAAUUCCUGUUUUUCCCUGUGGCAUGUUCUGUUGGAUUACAUUGCUGGCCACAUACUGGGCAGAAGUCACCAUUCAAGGCUAAGGUGGGCUUCCAGUAGCCUUAAUAGAAAUAUUCAAGUCUCUUGAGUAGUGAGCUGGAAAGCCUACAGGUGAAGAGGGGUUCCUGUUUUCAUUUGAAAACGUUAUGAUCAAGAGAACCUUUAAAAAGUGAUCUCAGAUAGAUUUUUGGUGCCCAUGUGGCUGUAGGUGUUUUGCUUCUUCCCUUGACAGAUGAGACUCUUACUGUUUUGCCCCCUAGCUAAGGCCAUCCUUCCCCACAAGGAUGGCUUUGGGAUUGGAAGAUACGACUUCGGCUUCUGUGUGGUGUAUCUGUACACAUUUGUUUCAGGCAACUUUUCUUUAAUGUUUUUGAUUGAUUUGUAUGUCAUGGCUCAGUAGCUGCUAAUAAAAUUAAAAAU